AUGUUACCCGUCUGCCGCCAGCGACUAUCAUGUCGCACCGCGCUCUCGGUCGGGAGAUCUGCGUCCAGUGUGCGCCCAGGCGCCGGAGCCUCUUCAAUUCGCGAUCAGCCCGCGACACGAUCCCUUCGCACAAUUUCCCCAGCUCGCACCGUGCCAUGGUCCAAAGCGCCAACACCAACGUAUACGACAACGCGCUUGUUCGGUCUCCCCUCGCUCUCGUCAUUCUUACCCUCGUCUCCAAGCGGGGGUAAUGAACCGCCCAAGCGCGUCCUCACAGCCACCCGCACAUUACCCUACUCUCCCGCCCUCCUCUUCAAAGUGAUCUCCUCUGUCGAGUCAUACUCGCAAUUUCUCCCCUUUCUCAAUGAAUCUACCGUGACGGCUCGCGAUCCGGAAACCGGCUACCCGAUCCAAGCCUAUCUGACGGUGGGAUAUGGGCCGCUAAGCGAGACUUUUACGUCGCUGGUGACCUGCGACCCUGUGAAUUGGAUCGUUGAGGCAAAGAGCGGAGCCAAAUUCGGCGAGGCAAAGGGCGCUGGUCGAAGCGGUGCGUCUUCGUCAUCUGGCCUGAGCAGCUUUUUUCCUGGCGCGACGGAAGGGAUUUUCGAGUACCUUGAUACGCAGUGGAGGUUGUCGCCUCUGGCUCCUGUGGAUGCGCCGGGUGGACCGCAGACUAAGGUGACCUUGGAAGUGCGAUUUGAAUUUCGGAAUCAGAUGCAUGCCAAGAUCAUGGGGGCUGUGGAAGGCCAUAUGGCCAGUGUUAUGAUUGAGGCCUUUGAGAAGCGCAUUCGGGAGACUCAUACACAGGGUCAGUAA